AUGGAUCACAUUUGUCUGCGGCUUCGCGAGCUUCGGUUUCUUGUCCCGGCAUACCGGCGGAGGUUAUCAGCCCAGAAACGAUGCACCCUAAACAUCCCCUCCGAGCUCGUGGACAUGAUCCUGAAGCACCUUCCGCCAGAAUCAGCCAUUGCGUUCGCCCUAACCUGCCGCGGGCUUUUCUUCAAGCAUUUUCCUAAAUCGGCCGCCGCCCAGCUAUCCGCACCCUCCAGAGAAACACUGCUCCAGUGGCUUGAGCAAGAUAACCCAAGGCUCUACUUUUGCCACGGCUGCGCCUGCCUCCAUCGAUGGCGCGCGACGCUGAAAUACAACUGCUUCAAGACCUACGACGGACCAUGUUGGUGGAAUCGGGAUCGUCGUGACCGAGGCCGUGUCAUGCGUCAGUGCGUGUCGACCUUGUCACUUAACCUCACAUAUUCCUGGGCCCGGCUUGUCACAAACCGCUAUCUCUACGGGGCUCUUCACGGCCCGCCUUUGCAGGACAUUGAGGUGACCCACCGUAUUCCCUUCUGUAGUGAGAUUGUCACGACCUUUUGGCGUGCCAAGAUCAUCGGCAACAACCUCUAUCUCCGUGGCACCAUGGUGAUUCAGGGCGAUGGGGAAAGGGGAACCGCGCGAUCACUGAGAGCCUUCAUUAGACUAUUCCAAGAUUCCCUGGUGUGCCGUCACUUUAAGGCCAGUAUCAUUUCUGAAUUAGGCGGCGACGAGGAGUGCUCAAGUCCCUUCCGUCUAACCUCUGGAACGAAGAUUCGGUCGUCCCCCGUUUGUUUCACCGACUAUUAUAUACGUGUUGCCUUGAGGGACUUUCCAACAUUAAGCCGAAUAAUUCGAAAGUUCGGGUCCAAGCUCAAUCAACGACGUCCCAGCGAACGCGAGGAGUGGUCCAUCGAAGUUAUCCGGUGGCAUAACCUUGGACAGUGUCGAUCCCCGCACGAUCCAGAAUGGCACAACCUUGUAAACAGGUCUUCGCGAACCUCGAGAACAAGGGAGGACAUGUGUGGGGCUGGGAUGAUACACAAAUUGUGGAGGGAGGCGGAGGUCCAAGAACGGGAACGAGAAAUCGAGACUGGACGAGGAAAACGGUGUGAGGCAGGCAAACUCCAAAAGGCGCAAGUUACUGAGUGGCAACUCUAUAAGGAGAACUUGGAGAGAGAUGGAGGAAUCAUUGAUCAGGAGCCAUGGUACGCAUGGCGUCGUGUCGGAUGCUUGAUGUAUUCUCUGCACACCCUGGAUUGA